AGAGAUAAUGAAACUCCAGCUGCUCCUCAAGAGAGGAACUUGGAUAACUGGCUACCAAUAACAGCAACUCGAAAAGCCAAAUGGUACUACUCAGCAUUCCACAAUGUGACAGCCAUGGUUGGUGCUGGUGUUCUGGGCUUACCAUUUGCAAUGUCCCAGCUUGGAUGGAUAUCUGGAAUCCUUGCUAUAACGGUUUCAUGGAUGACCACACUCUACUCCCUGUGGCAACUAGUAGAGUUGCACGAAGUGGUUCCAGGGAAACGAUUUGAUCGCUAUCCCCAAUUAGGAGAGCAUGCAUUUGGAGUGAAGCUUGGAUACUGGAUUGUAAUGCCUCAACAGCUGACUGUUCAAAUAGCUUCCGAUAUAGUUUACAUGGUCACCGGUGGAAAGUCACUAAAGAAAUUCGUGGAACUCACCUUCCCAAGAUUAAUGCCUCUCAGGCAAACCUUAUACAUUGUCUUCUUUGCUUUCAUACAUUUGGUGCUUUCCCAAGCUCCCAACUUUCACUCCUUGAGGGGAAUAUCACUCUUGGCUGCAAUUAUGUCAUUCAGUUACUCAGCCAUAGCUUUCGUUGCAUCCACGAUUAAGGGUACGCAUCAUCAUCCAGUGAGAUAUGGAGUUCGAUCACACACGACAGCAGGUGUCAUCUUCGAUGUCUUCUCUGGGCUGGGGACAAUUGCCUUCGCCUUUGCAGGCCACAGUGUAGUUCUAGAGAUUCAAGCCACAAUCCCUUCCUCUCCAGAGAAGCCAUCAAGGAAACCCAUGUGGAAAGGAGUGAUUGUAGCAUACAUCAUUGUGGCCCUGUGCUAUUUCUCCGUCGCCAUCUCUGGUUUCUGGGCAUUUGGCGAUUCUGUAGAAGAUGACGUCCUGGUAUCACUAGAGGAACCUCGUUGGCUCAUUGCAGCUGCAAAUUUUAUGGUCUUUUUGCAUGUCAUAGGAAGCUAUCAGGUGUUCGCGAUGCCGGUGUUCGACCUGAUAGAAUCCGUCUUGAUACAGAAAUUGAAGUUCAACCCUGGACGUGCUCUACGCCUCAUUGCACGUAGUACUUAUGUUGCCUUAACAGGUUUUAUUGGAAUUUGCAUCCCUUUCUUUGGAGGAUUACUGGGGUUCUUUGGAGGGCUAGUAUUUGCAUCCACUUCAUAUUUUCUCCCUUGUGUCAUGUGGCUUAUCAUUAAGAAGCCAAAAAGCUGGAGCUUCCAUUGGAUUGCAAGUUGGGUAGCAAUAAUAGUUGGUGUUUUGAUAAUGAUCCUUGCACCUAUUGGAGGAGCGCGACAAAUUGCUCUUUCUGCAAAGCAAUACAAAUUCUUCUCUUAG